AUGCAGCAUCCAAUUCUAACAAACUGUCCGUGCGACUUAACGCUGGUGGCUAAUGGUGGAAAGGAGUUCAAAGCCCACAGAAGCGUUCUAUCAGAGGCAAGUCCUUUUUUCGACAGGCUCCUAAAAACCGACAUGAAGGAAAGCAGGGAAGGAGUUAUUCGUCUGGAACAGUUCUCUGAGUCAGUUAUGAAAAACAUCCUGGAUUUCAUUUACACGGGUUGCCUUGAAGUUUCUCUGACGAAUGCUGAGGAUCUGAUUGAAGCAGCGGACUAUCUCCUCCUUCCAGAUUUUCAGAAUAUGGUGCUGGAUUCUUUAACAAGAAGCCUGACUCUCUCUAAUUCGAUUUCAACCUUCUAUUUUGCCAAGCGGAAUCACUUUGAGAAACUUCUUGACGAAACGUCUCGAUUCAUUCACCCAAACUUUGCCGCCGUGGCAACUACAGAAACUUUCCUGAAUCUCUCAUUGCAGGAAGUAAAAAAGUGGAUUAGACGAGAUGGGUUAUUUAAACUUAAAGAAAAUGAAAUUUUGGAACUUGUCAGAACAUGGGUUCAUUUCGAUAAAGGAAAGCGAAUGGGGACAUGUGAAAAGUUAUUUCUGCCUGUUAUUGCAGUCAGUGGAGGAGAUGACACUUUCUGCUAUCUUCCCGGGGCACAAAAGAAACAGUGGUACAGCAUAGCCUCAUCAAAAUACUACUUUAAAGAACCUCGACAGUUGUUGUCUUUGAAUGGCAGUUUAUAUAAUUUUAGUCUUAAGCUGUUUGGUUCAUGUUUCCUACGGUGGAGUCCCCGGUUUAGUCAAUGGUCUUCGUUGGCAUUGCCCAGCAAACUAAUCCCCGAGAGGGCUGCUCUGCUAGGAGAUGUUGUUUAUGGUGUAGGAUCAAGGUCUAGUAGUCAGCAAAAGUUCAUAUGCAAAUACAAUCUCGACUCCAAUUCAUGGGAAGCAGUUCCUUUAUCAGAAGCAGACAUCAACAAUAAUUCAUGCAUAGUAGGUCACCAAAAAUGCCUGUAUUUUAUGGGUGGAAAGCCGGUUUCUGCAGAAGUCAGUAGAUUUGACACAACGAAAAGUAAAUGGGAAAAGAUGAAAGAUAUGCAGUAUGGGAGAUACAACGCCUUUGGUGCGGCUCAUCAGGAGAAUAUUUAUAUUGCUGGCGGUAUAAAUGAAGACUGCUUCUUGCAAUCUUGUGAGGUGUACAGUAUUGCAAGAGAUGAGUGGCAGUUUAUAGCAAGCUUGAAUGUCUCUCGUUCAGAAGCCAGCAUGGUGUGUCAUCUUGGGACACUGUAUGUAUUGGGUGGGUUGAGUAAGAACGAUCGCGACACCACUGAAGCAGGGCUGACUGUCGAACGUUACGAUGGUAAAGAAAACAAGUGGGAGGUGAGGACGGUCAUACCAAGUCACGUGACUACAGAGCCUGAUUCUUGUAAAUUUCAGGCCUGUCUUUUGACAAUAUAUGAGGAAUAUCUUGAUUACUUUCAACUGAUAGAACCGUGA